AUGACAGGGAAGUCCCAACUAUUAUCUUUAUUCCGAGACUCGAAGGAAGAUGAGCUGUUUCAUGACACAUUAAUAGAUCCGAAUUUGUCAAAGAGUUUUGAACUUUCCCCUAAGAAACGCAUACCCAGCCCGGAUGAUAACCCUUUCAAGGUAUCUCACACUACCAAUUUCAAUCCAAUUCCUUUGCAAACAAUCAACAAAAAUGCCCUAAAUUCAAGGACUAGAGCCUUUUCUAUCGAAUCAGUUGAUGCAGCAGGGGCAUCAUUACAUGUUUCAGAGCCACGGGUCACGUCUCGUCAUGCCAAUGAGCAUCCUAAAGACAAGUUUAAAGUCUCAUUGACACCAGCUCAGAGAGUGGAGAAACACUCCAGAAUAUCGAACCCGUCCAUUAAUGCACUUGAAUCCUAUAGGUUUGAAGAACUUGUUGGAAGGGGUGGAUGCGCCAAAGUUUACAAGGCUAUUAAUAAGGUUAACAAACAACUUGUUGCCAUCAAACAGAUCGAGAUUUCCUCCAACACCAAAGUAGAAUUUCUUAUGGAAGAGAUUGACUUCUUAAAAAAGCUAAAACACGAUAACAUAGUCAAGUAUCAUGGAUACAUAAUGACUGAAUCAAACCUCAACAUAAUUCUAGAAUACUGCUCUCAUGGCUCACUUCGACACUUAUAUAAAACAAAGUAUAAAUCUGGAAUACCCGAGCCAUUGGUGCGUAACUACAUCAGGGAGACAUUAAACGGCCUAGUAUAUUUGCACAAUAAAGGAGUUAUUCAUAGAGAUAUCAAAGCUGCCAACUUACUUCUCGACGAUAGGUAUAGAGUCAAGCUAGCGGAUUUUGGAGUUUCACAACAGCAACAAACAAAUGAAGAGCAGCAACAUGAUAAUAUUUCCAAUCAGUCGAAACGCAAACCACAAAUACGUGCGGAUGGUUCUCCAUACUGGAUGGCUCCUGAAAUCAUCCUUUUGACUGGUUGUUCAAUUAAAUCGGAUAUCUGGUCAUUGGGUGCCACUACCUUAGAACUUUUGACAACAAAACCUCCCUACGAUGAUUACGAACCAAUGGUUGCUUGUCAUGCCAUUGGUACUCAGGGAUGCCCUGAACUACCUUUGACACUAUCUUUGGAGGCCAAUAAGUUUAUUGAGCAAUGUUUGGUGAUGAAUAGUGAAGAGAGGCCAAAUGCAUCAACGCUAUUGGAAAAUAAAUGGCUUCAUUUUGAGGCCAAGGAUAAAAACUUACUGAUUGGGACAAAAUCGCCUUUUGUUGAGUCUGACUCUACAGAGUUUGAGGUUGACUUUAUUAAAGAUCAACAGCUUAAUUUUGAUCGAAUACCGUCUCGCACAAGGAUUCCACAAGACUCAACUCUCUUAUACAGUAAACACAAGCUACUUUCAUACUCAGAGACUAAUGAGACAAGAACUGAAGCCGAAAAGAAUGAGCAGAUGCUAAAAAAUAAAAGAUUAUCGAAAUAUAAAGACAAUGAGGAUGAUGCUUUUGAUGAUUAUACCGAAGAUAUUAAACUAAAAACGCCUACAGAGGCUGAUAUAGAUAAUCCUUUUGUGAAAAUAGAAUACAGCGAUGAGAAUAAGGAAAAGGUGAAGGAGAAAUUGGAACUUCAAAUAAAAGCAAUAUUCAAAUCGCUAUCUCUGUUGUCGAGUUCCUCCAUAAGUGAACUAUUCAGACUAUCUACGUCACUAAAAGAAUUGAUCAACGAGUUUCCUAAACUUGUAAUUCCCAUGCUAAAUGGUUCCAAGUUAGUUAUCCUUCUGAAACUUUUGAAUCUAAAACCUAAUAAUCAACAUUUGGUUCAAGUGAAUCUGGAUAUUGUUUCCUUAAUAUUACAGCACAGUGGUGACGACCAUGACAGUACCUGUGAACUCAGGGAAAAUUUCACAAUGAUUGGGCUGUCAGAUACUUUAGUUACUUUGUUUGAAAUGAACAAGAACAAGAUUUCUCUUCGAAUCCUAGAAAUUGUACAGCAACUGUUUUCAGAGGAGCACCAGCAGAAUUUGACUAUUUGGAGACUUUUUAUUUCCUCCAAUGGAAUUAAGCUACUGAUCUAUUUUCUUAAGAUUGAGAUCAAUGUGGACAUAACCUUCGUCAGAACAGCAAUUGAUUUGAUCUAUAAACUACUGAAGGCCUUGAAGAAAGAAGAACACUUUACCAUGAAGGAAAUGGUUAUGAAUCUGUUCAAAGAUCAGAAUUUAACUUACCUUUUAGACUUGAUUACGGUAGCUUUUGUUGAUGAGGAGAACGAAGAUAUCAAGGAUAGAAGAAGAAUAGUAAGUAGGAUCAUGUAUGUACUAAAACAGUUUUAA